AUGAAGCAGUUCAAACGGAAUAUCGGCAAAGAUGGUGCUGGAGAGGUGACAGUAUCAUGCGAUGAAACAGAGGACAUGUGGCAUGUUUAUAAUUUAGUACGCAUUGGUGAUAAAGUCCGGUGUACAACAAUUCGAAAGGUUACCACGGAAUCGAGCACUGGCAGUACGUUUAGCCAGCGAGUGCAUACUGUUUUGUCGAUUUCCAUUGAAACUGUUGAUUUUGAUCCUAUAGCUUGCAUUUUGCAUUUAAAAGGUAAAAAUGUUGCUGAAAAUCAGCACGUCAAAAUGGGGCAGUAUCAUACAUUGGAUAUCGAUGUUGGGAAGAAAUUCAGUUUGUGGAAACCGUAUUGGGACUCAAUAGAUUUGGAUCGUCUAGACUUGGCACUUGAUCCAUCCCGAACUGCCGAUGUGGCUGCUGUUGUGAUGCAUGAAGGUUUGGCAAAUUUAUGUUUGGUGACAGCACAGAUGACCAUUGUCAAAGCAAAAAUUGACAUGCAGAUUCCGAGGAAGAGAAAGGGUUUCUCAGGUCAGCACGACAAGGGUAUACAACGUUUUUAUGAAGUUAUUGCAACGGCAUUUGUUAGGCAUGUUGAUAUGAAGGUUGUAAAAUGCAUAAUAAUUGCUAGUCGUGGCUUUCUCAACGAACAAUUCCUAAAUUAUUUAAUGGAAUAUGCCGACAAACAUGGGAACAAGUCGAUUUUAGAAAGUCGUAGCAAAUUUCUACUUGCCCAUGCAAGCAGUGGCUUUAAGCAUGCGCUUAAAGAGGUGCUGUCAAAUCCUAGCGUAGCAGCUGCUCUCUCGGACACCAAAGCUCAAGCUGAAGUUAAAGCACUUAACAUGUUUUAUGACCUGAUGGCAACUGAUCCAGCUCGUGCCUUUUAUGGUUAUAAGCAUGUGUUGAUGGCUAACGAACAGCUGGCUAUUGACACGUUGUUGCUGUCCGACUCGUUGUUUAGAUCGAGUGAUAUUCAGCUGAGGAAGAAGUAUGUUGAACUGACAGAGUCUGGUUCGAACGUGUUGAUAUUCUCAUCAAUGCAUGUGUCGGGUGAACAACUAACCGCAUUGGGUGGCGUGGCAGCUAUCUUAAGAUUUCCACUGCACGAACUGGAAGAUGAGGAAAUGUCAGACAGUGAACACGAUGAAGACACUGACGAUUUUAAAAAUUAA